AUGAAGGUCUUGGCAGCAGGAGUCGUGCCCCUGCUGCUGGUUCUGCACUGGAAACACGGGGCGGGGAGCCCCCUUCCCAUCACCCCUGUCAAUGCCACCUGUGUCACACGUCACCCAUGUCACAACAAUGUCAUGAACCAGAUCAGGAACCAACUGGCGCAGCUCAACAGCAGUGCCAACGCCCUCUUCAUUCUCUAUUACACGGCCCAGGGGGAGCCGUUCCCCAACAACUUGGACAAGCUGUGUGGCCCCAACGUGACAGACUUCCCGCCCUUCCACACCAAUGGCACGGAGAAGGCCCGGCUGGUGGAGCUGUACCGCAUCAUCGCCUACCUUGGCGCCUCCCUGGGCAACAUCACACGGGAUCAGAAGAUCCUCAAUCCCAAUGCCGUCAGCCUCCACAGCAAGCUGAACGCCACUACGGACAGCAUGCGGGGCCUCCUCAGCAACAUACUUUGCCGCCUGUGCAGCAAGUACCACGUGGCCCAUGUGGAGGUGGCCUAUGGCCCUGACACCUCGGGCAAGGAUGUCUUCCAGAAGAAGAAGCUGGGUUGUCAGCUCCUGGGGAAGUAUAAGCAGGUCAUUGCUGUGCUGGCCCAGGCCUUCUAG